AUGUCACGCUUUGCAUCCCGCAAGGCGCUCGGCGCUGGCCUCGCAGCUGCCGCUGCGGCCAUCGGCCUGGGGGCGGUCCCUGCAGCCAUGGCGGGUCGUUCGCCGCUUAGUUAUGAAACUGUGGUGCCGAAUUCGCUCGCUUCAGCCAUGAUGAUGGGUCUGAUCAACCAGGAUCAAGUCUUGAUUCUUGACAAGGUAGAAGGCAACCCUACGACCCUGGGGAAUGGCCGCCCAGUUUGGGGAUCUAUUGUCAACCUUACAGACAACACUGUCCGAUCGACAGAUGUGCAGACCAAUACGUUCUGCGCCAGCGGUGCUACCCUACCGAACGGAACAUGGGUCGUAUUCGGUGGCAAUCAAGCAGUUUCUACGGGUGGUGUGACCGCGACUGCAACAAACAAUGCAUACAAAAGCGUCGAUGGACGCCAAGCAAUUCGCUUGAUGGACACUAUCAAUGUGCAGGACUCAGGGCUUAAUUGGGAUGACAAUCAGUUGCUGAAGAUGAACAGUCCGCGGUGGUAUCCGGGUGUAGAGGUCAUCGCCACUGGUGAAGUCGUCAUCAUCGGUGGCGCUAUCAACGGAGGAUUCAUCAACAGGAACUAUCCCAACGUUGAUCCUGCAUACGAGACACCCACUCCCAAUGGGGGCUCCAUCACCAAUCUCUACGUUGGUGGGGCAAAUCCGACGUACGAGUACUACCCAAGUCGCACCAACGUCACCGGUCCUAGUACAUAUUUGGGUAUGCAAAUUUCCAAAUUUAUGAUCAACACCAGCGGCCUCAACAUGUAUCCGCAUACGUACCUGAUGCCAUCGGGCAAGAUUUUCAUGAACGCCAACUAUAGCAACAUACUCUGGGAGCACAAUCAAAACGUCGAGACUCCCCUGCCUGACAUGCCAAACAGGGUGAUCCGCGUCUAUCCAGCGUCUGCUGCUGUCGCGAUGCUUCCACUCCUCCCAAGCAAGAACUACCAGCCGACCAUCCUUUUCUGCGGCGGCACAGUCUUGGAUGAAUCCCUUUGGGGCAGCUACACUGCCCCCGGCACCCCCAUUCUCGACGUCACUGCCUCCGAUGACUGCUCGUCCAUUACUCCUGAAAAUCCCGAUGGCUCGCAGACAAACCAAAACUUUGUCACUGAAGACAAAAUGCCAGAAGGCCGCACCAUGGGUCAAUUCAUCCACCUGCCCACCGGCCAGAUGCUCAUCGUCAACGGCGCCAACAAGGGCACCGCUGGCUAUGGAAAUGUCCCUUGGAACACGAUUACUUACAAUGGGCAGACUAUCUACACUGAAGGAUUCGCGCAGGACCCUGUCUACACGCCCGUCCUCUACGACCCGUCUCAGCCAUCCGGCAAGCGAUUCACCAAUAAGGGCUUCGGCAGCACCAACAUCGCCAGACUCUACCACUCAACCGCUAUUCUUCUGCCUGACGGAUCCGUUCUUAUUGGAGGCAGCAACCCGCAUGUCGACGUCAACCAAUCGAUGCCGACCGGCACGACACCGCAAGGGUACAACACGACCUACGAGCUGGAGAAGUGGUACCCCGACUACUACUUUAAAGACCGCCCGGCGCCACAGGGAAUGCCAGCGAUGAUCCCCUUUGGCGGACCUUCUUUCAAUGUCACCAUGGAUUCUAAAUACAUGGGAACGAGCGCCAACGCAAAGGCCGCAGCGACAAAGUUCAUGGUCAUCCGCCCUGGAUUCUCGACGCACGCGAUGAACAUGGGUCAACGCAGUUUGCAGCUCGCCAACACCUACGUCGUGAAUGAUGAUGGUUCUGUCACCUACACUGUCAACCCUAUGCCGACGAAUCCCAACCUCUUCGUUGCUGGUCCAGCACUGCUCUUCUGUACGAUCAACGGCGUCCCGAGCCUGGGCAAGUUCAUCUCUGUGGGUGUAGAUAUGGCUCAGGUCGGCAAUGUUCCCUGGAAAGUUCAGGUCGGUUCGGCUCUCCAGCCGCUUGCCCAGCCGGUCAACAACUCAAAGUACAACGUGCCUAUCGCGAAUGACGAGUCAAGCUGGUCAAUUGGCAAGAUCAUUGCGAUCGCCGUCGCAGGCGCCGCGGCUGUGCUCAUCCUCGCACUGAUCAUAUUCUUCUGCCGCCGAAGGAACAAGCAGGGUGCGGCUCUGAAGACGACUAAAGGUGCAUACUCCUAUGCCAACAACCCGGCGAAUGUCGCAAGGGCGGCGGCAUGGGCUGGCCCCAACGGAGACAGCGAGUACAAGCCGCCCACACAGCCUUACGCACCAACGCAGCCGUACAACCUACCGCCACGGGGGUCGAUGGGUACCUUCGAUUCCUACCGCAUGGGUGACAUGAGUGGCUCGGCAAAUGAGUCAAGAGAGGCACUUGGCGUCUACUUUGACCCGCAACAGACGGCAGGGCAGGGCGCAGCAUCGCCUUACAGCCAGCGGACGCCGCUUGCUACACCAACACCACACAGCCCUCGGCAGGGCAACUACCAGCAACAGGGGUGGGGUGAGCAUCAGGCCGGCGACGCGGGGGAGUACUACCACAACAGUCGCACAGAUCACAGCAUCGCAAGCCACCCGAGUCAGGUAUCGUCCGAUUACCAGGCAGGGAGAUACUACGAUUACCCGAGCAUAUCGUCAGCUCCCUCGUCUCACCAGCAGUACUAUAAUGCACCUUCAAGUACAGGGCAGUACCACCAACACAACCAACAGUACGCGCACUAA